AUGAUUCCCGAUAUCUCUUAUUUACAGUUCCUGCGCUGUCUUCAGUGGCCUGCCGUUCUCAACCAGGGCUCUAGUGAUCGCAGCUCCGCGCGCCGCGUGAAAGACAGAAGGGCAGCGGCGCCGCAGGGGCCGAGUCGCGCGCGGCGCGCGGGGGCGGCCGACAGGGCGAUUGAACCGAAGCGGCGCCGCGCCUGCGACCGGACGCCGCCGCUCAAGAGGACUGGGGACGCCCCCGCGCCUCCUGCUGCAGCGACGCCGUCGAUACCCGACCGGAGCCUCUUAUCUCCUGUCUCAGUGGUCUUCCUCACGGCUGCUUCCUUCCUCGACUACCUUUUUUUUUCCUUCUGCCCGGCCGCCCACUGGGGGCUGCAACUUGAGGGACGUGGGUCUGACCAACGGCCUUCCCUGCCUGUUGCAGGAGCAGAGCCCUCGCGGCCGCCAGCCAGCCAGCGAGCGAGCGCGCCAGCCAGCCAGGAGGGCGGGCGGGGCGGCGAGAUGCGCGGCGGAGGCAGCGGCAAGCGCGGCGAGUCGGCCAUCCACCGCGUGCAGGAGGUGGCGCUGCCGGCGCUGGCGCUGGAGCGCGAGUACGACGUGGCGCGCGUGCUGGGCGAGGGCUGCUUCGCGCGCGUGCUGCUGGCCACGCACCGCCGCACGGGCGCCGCCGUCGUGCUCAAGGCCGUGCACGCCGAGGUGACGCCGCUGCGCGACUUCUACCGCGAGUUCCACUACAGCUACCACCUGAGCGCGCACCCCUGCGUGCUGUCCGUGUACGCCGUCGCCUUCCGCGCCGACCACUGCUACGUCUUCGCGCAGGAAUACGCGCCGUACGGGGACCUGGCGGGCAACGUGAAGGCGGGUGGGCUGCCGGAGGAGGCGUGCAAGCGCGUGGCGCAGCAGCUGGCCUUCGCGCUGGAGUUCCUGCACUCCAAGGAGCUGGUGCACCGCGACCUCAAGCUGGAGAACGUGCUGGUGUUCGCGCCCGACAUGUCCAAGAUCAAGCUGUGCGACUUCGGCGAGACGCGUCGCGACGGCACGCUGGUGUCGAAGGUGCGCUGCACGUGGCAGGCCUUCCAGCCGCCCGAGGUGGUGGAGGUGGUGCAGAACGAGCGCUACCACUGCCGCGUGGCCAGCGACUGCUGGCAGCUGGGCAUCGCGCUCGUCGUGUGCCUGACGGGCUGCCCGCCCUGGCAGUCGGCGGACGUCAUCUCCGACCCGGCGUACUGCGCUUUCUCGCGCUGGCAGAAGCGCCGCACCACCAAGCUGCCGCCGGCCUUCAGCCGCUUCGCCCGCGCCUGCUGCGCCUGCUGCGCGCCUGCUCGAGCACAAGCCCGACAAGCGCGCGCCCGUCGUCGAGUGAACAAGUACCUCAAGGACGCGUGGUGGCGGCGCGCGGCGGCGGCGGCGGUUGCAGCUCCGGCUCCGCGCCGCGCGAGUCGUCGGCGGAGACGCGCCGCACGCGCCCGACGAGGCAACGCCCACUCAAGAAGCUUGCUCAGCAGCUACGGCCUGGAGACCACCGUCACAGAAGCUCAUCUCGAACGCGUGUGGGAGUGGGUGCUGGCGUGCGAGGCGAACGCGGAGCCCAGCCUCGAGGGCAUCUGA